AUGAACGCGGUCCGGACAGUUAAAAGCUACGCUGGUCCAGCCAUCGCCACUGGCGCAGGCACCGUCGCCGCAGUUGGCACUACCUACGUCCUCCCCGCCAUCGGCUUCUGCGCGACUGGUGUCAAAGCUGGUUCCAUCGCGGCAGGAGUGCAAGCCUCUCUAUAUGGAGCCGCUGUCCCCGCGGGGGGCAUCUUUGCUACGCUGCAAAGCUGGGGCGCGACAGGCGCUUUGGCUGGGACACUUGGAGUCGCAGCGUGGCCCGUCGGGAUUGUGGUUGCGGGCGGGACUUAUCUGGCCACAUACGCGUUGCAAGGAUAA